AUGUAUUUUCCCGCAUCAAACACCACAGAAAACCCCUUCAAAAAGUGGAACAAACGAGACGUCGAAAUUGAGCGAGACAUGUCCAAAAAGCGCGCAUACGAUCUCAAAUCCGAAGCACUUCCUCAGUUCGGAGAAGGUUCCGAAUACCGAGCUCGCGAGAAAGAAAUCGCUCGUAAAAUGACCCUCGGACAUCGCAUUCAAAAAUUUGACAUUGACGCUCAAUCAUGGAAACUGACCCUCUCGGAUUUUGAAAAAGAAGGAAAGGGAGGAAAAGCGGCGAAGAAGAAGCCGAGGAAAUUUACGGGGAAUCGAGAGGGAGAUGUAACGCAGAAUAGCAUGUAUUUUGUUAUGCAUCAGAAGGAAGGACAGAUUUUUGAAGCUUUCAAAAUUGAGGACUGGUACAACUUUCGACCUGAUAUCCGCCACCGAACUUUGAACUACGAAGAAGCAGAGGCAGAAUGGGACAGGAGAGAUCAAAUCAUGAACAAAUUCAAUCUUAUGAAAGCAAAAAGAGACGGGGACGAAGAAGAAGGGGCUUCCAAAUCUGAUCUAAAGGUUCAUCAAAACGUCGACGAAAUGGGCUUCGACGAGGACGAAUUUGCGGCGAAUCGGACAAAAGCGGGAAGAGGCAAAAAGAACCUCGGUGGCAAACAAAAGGGGGACGCGGCGUUCGAAGAUUCUGAUGAUGGAGACGGAGAGGGUGAUGAAGUCGACUACAUGUCCGAUGAUUCAUCCGACUUUGAGCUCAAAGAAGAUGACAAGCCGGAAUUAAAGGGGAUCAACGAAGACAUUUCUGACCGGGAGCUGUCCGAAUCGAGUGGGGACGAAGAGGAAGAAGAGGAAACAAAGAAAGAAACUCAGGAAAUAGAAGACAAAGACGAUCCAGAUGUAAAAGACUCAGACAUCGAGGACAUCGUUUCAAAAUCCGCGCUUUUCAAGUUCUCCCAAAAUCAAAAGACUUCUCGGCCGAAUACUCCGACCGACAAGAAACGGGCAACCCCGACGCCAACUCAUUCAAGCCUCAAGCGCGUGCGCGACCAAGCUUCUCCAAACUCCACCUCUGCCAAAAAAUCGCGUGAUUCUCCUGGCCCCUCUUCCGGUGGCGUUGGAAUUUCUCUCGAAGCCGUUAGAGAGGUUCUUGCUCUCAAGCCUCUGACGACGAAGGAAAUCUUGAAGAAAUUCAAGACGAAGAAAACUGGUUUGACUCAGGACGAAACCAUCGAAAGAAUCGGGAAGAUUAUGAAAGCUUUGAAUGAGGAAGGCUCGCUCGUGUCAGAAACCAAGGACAAAAAGAAGCUCUACAGUCUCAAGAAAACAUAA